AUGACAGUUACAGAGUAUGAAAAUAAGUUUACAUCACUUUUGAGGUUUGCAUCGGGAAUUGCUAAUGAUGAAGAAGGAAAGAUAGAGAAAUUUGUUGAUGGCCUUGAUCUUACCAUUAGGCCAAUUAUAGCUACUUCAGAACCGACAGAGUAUGCAAAAGCAGUGCGAAAGGCUUUAGUGGUUAAGGCUGAGAGUAAGGACAACAAGGCUAUCAAGGAGUCCUACAAGCAUAACAGGGGUAUGAGUACUUUCUCUGAAGGUCAAUCAAGUAAGAAGCAGAAGCAUGAGCAGUCAGGGUUCAGGGGACAGCAGCCAGUUAGAUUUGCACCUACAGCUUCUGUGUCCAUGGGGUCUUCUAGACCAAAUGUUACUUGUUUAAGAUGCGGGCAGUUGGGACAUUACAAGUCCCAAUGCACUCAGACACAGGGCCAUAUGGUGAAAGAAUGUCCACAGCGGGGCAGUGGUUUGGGCAGAGGUGGAGGUUCACAGCAGAGGCAGAUGCAGUCUGCCACAGUUCAGUCAGGGUUUCGACCACCACCACCACCUCAGCUGGGAGCUUCUUCGAGUGCACCUACUCAGCAGUCUGGCUAUCAGGCAGGCAGUUCCCAGGGGCAGAGGACCCAGGGUCGCGUGUUUGCACUCACUCCAGUCGAGUCACCAUCCAGUCCUUCAGUUGUUAGGGGUAUGUUUCUUGUGUCCCAUUCUUGGGCUCGUGUAUUAUUUGAUUCUGGUGCUUCUUAUUCAUUCAUUGCUUCAUCAUUUGCAUGGGCAUUGGGUUUAGAGGUCAGUCAGUUGGACAGACCGCUUUGUGUUGACACGCCUAUCGGGGGUUCAGUUGCUCUUAGUAGAGUUUGUAGGAGUUAUUCCAUCACAAUUGCCGGACGUGUUCUUGAGUUCAAUCUCAUCCUUCUCGAGAUGACGGGAUUUGAUGUCAUUCUUGGGAUGGACUGGUUGUCAUCCUUCAGAGCUGUCAUUGAUUGUUUCAGGGGUAAAGUUUCAGUGUGUACCCCGGAUGGGGAUUGUUUCUGUUUUGUGGGAGAUCGGUGUGAUCCUCUCACUCAUUCAUUUUAUGGUGUUAGGGGUCGAGAUCGGCAGACAUUCUUCUUGGCUAGUCUUUUCGCCGAUGAUGACGUUGAGUUUUAUGGGGUUGAUUAUCUAGCAGUUGUGCGUGAUUUUCUGGAUGUGUGA